AUCCUUGAAAACACGAAACCUGUGUUCUAGGCAUAAGUUUGCUUCGCCAUAGAACCUAGUCCUAAAAAAGCUGACCCUACGUUUAAAUCGUCGUUACGUGCUCCAGGCUUUACUAUCGUCCAAAGAAGUGGCCUCGGUCGUGGUGGUGUCCCCUUCAUCCUCGCCAAAAACAUGCAUUUAAUUCCUCUUCCGCGCAUAUUUUCCACACCUCCAUUUCUUGAGCCACUGGUUUCGCAGCCGCUUUGGAUUGGGCAACGAUGGAUCGCGUUUGGAUUUCGGGAAGAACACGCACGGCAGUCAUGGCCAGAUCUUUAAUUUCCACGGAAUCUAAAAUCUGGACAUAAGAUCAUGGCGGAGCCUGCUACUUCACCGAGCCGACGAGCAAGCGUGGAUUCAGUGCUGUCCGAUUUCCAAGUGGAGCUCCUCAAGCAGAACCACCGGCAGCAAAUCCUCGACGACGAUGAGUUCUUCCUCGACGAUCAUCCAAAGUCUGGACAAAAUGGAUCGAAUUUGCUACUGGACGAACGCGAUGCCUCGAUGAAUGAGUGCUCGACGUCGUCGCCAUCGCAAUUGGGCGAUUCUUCCUCGGUAGCGUUAUGGCAGGGAGGUAUCCGGCUGGUAAUUGAGGCACCAAUCGCCAAAGUGUGGGAGAUCUCUUCCGAGAGGUGCGGAAUCUCUCGCUGGAUGCCCAUGAUCGAGGAGUGCGUGGAGAUCGAUCCGGGCGAUGGUAUAACCGGCAGCCGGAGGCGAAUUUCCGGCGAUAUCCUCCCCCGGAUCGACAACAUCCAGUCGUGGGCGAUCGAGAAGCUGGUGGAAUUCGACGCGGAGAAUCACUACUACACGUAUGAGGUGGAGGAGAGCAACAUUGGGCUGGAGGGGUACCGCGCCACGCUCCAGCUCAACGAUUUCGGCGAUGACACCACGCUGGUGAAUUGGGUGUACGAGGUGAGGGCGAUGGAGGACAGCUCCGAAGAGGGCAUGGCAGAUUACAUGGGAAUGUUCUUCAAGGCAUGCCUCAGGCGCCUGGAACUUCUCGCAAGCGGGAAGGAGAGAGACGACGAGAACACGCGUACAAAUCCCAUUGGUCCAGAUUGAACACGUGUUUGAACACUAUUAGUCCAGCUGGCAUAUAUAUAAUACGUGCCAAAUUUCUAUUGAUCCA